CACAUGGCGGCAGAUAUUAACCACUGAAUAUCGUUCAACAAUGUGUUUCUCUAAUAGGAAAAUUAAAGAUUCUUGUGUUGUUGCAUUUUUUAAAAAUAUGUUCAUUAUGUUUAUGAUAUAAUUUAUGAAGUCUGACAUUGAGUAUAACUGAAGCGAGUUGUCACGUAAGAAAACAUGCAAGAAUAUUGUCCAUUGUGUAUAAAAGAUGGGCUCAAGAAAAAGAUUCGAUUGUUGCAACUUAAUCUGCAAGAGGCCUCGUGGGUGUGCGAAUCUGAAGAUUGUAUCUGGCCAUGGGGCUAUUAUGAUAUCCAAUUUGUUUCAAGAAAAGUUGGUAAAGUAUGGUCAUUUAAUUGGGAUAAUGGUACAACUACAAUACCAAAGACUCAGGAACCUGUUAAGAUUUAUACAGAACUGUCACUUUAUACUCCACCAGUAACACCGAGUUCAGAGGCAAUUUUGAAAGAACGAAUAACUUCUGAAAUUCCAUGUUCUACUAGUAUUCCUAUAUCAGAAAAUCAGGAUAUCCUUGAUUCUGAUAUUCAUGUUAUAAAGACAACAAAUUUCACUAAAGAUUUGAGUAUAAACAAAAUAUCUGAAAAUAGUAUGAAGAAAUUUAUGCCUGAUACAACAGAUACAUGUUUGUCCAAUAAAGUAGAUAUAUCUUCCUCAAAAUGCACGAGUAUAUUUGAUGUGGAUGAUAUAGAAAAGCAGGACAAUUGCAAGAUAUCAAGUAUAUCAUCAACUACUACAAAAAAAUGGACAUCAUUGAUUAAAACCAGUGAAACAGUAGAAAGUUCUGUGAUUCAAGAUCAAAUGAAAGAAAAUAAUCUUUGUAGUCGUGAAAAUAAUGUGAAUGCAAAAGAUGAGAUUAAUAUUACUCAAUAUCCUAUGAGAGAAUCUGAAACUUCAUCAGUUUCCAAUUAUGAGGAUGAAUCGCAUAUGAAUGCAAGCUGCUCACUAUCUCACAGUAUACCUAACAUAAAAAUGAGUGACACUACUAAUUCAGUUUGCAGCAACAUCUUACAGUCUGAUACUACCAAAAUUAGUGAAAAGAAUGUCAGCCUAGAAAAUAAUACUAACAUUAAAAGCGUUCCCACUGUUCGAAGCGUUGAAAAAAUAAAUGUGGACAUCACAAAAGUCGUACGUAGAAAAAUGAAAAAUGAAAAUAUUACAUCAAUAGGGAGUACUGCAGCUUCCAUAGAGAAAAAUUCAGAAUUACAAAAUAAUAGCAAUGCAUCUCCUACCUCUAAAGUACUAUUACAGACAACAAAGCAAACGACAAAAUUGUUAAUGAAUUCUAGUUCACAAUCGGCGGAGCAUAACAUCUCCUCUAUAAGUAAAGAUAAAUGUACGAUGAAUUUAAGCAAUGAGUCUUCAGAUAAUAGUGAAGUUCUUGUAAGUAAUAAGGUCAAACCACCUCUGCAAGUGACUACUAUGGAAUUUGACGGAUUACCACCGAUUACAUUAACUUAUGAAAUGCCAGAAUUAUUAGAGGCAAAAGGAUCUAUUAAGAAUGUAGAUGAGAAGACUCAGUUGCCUGUUGAAAGUAUUGCCGGAAGUUCAAUAUCGGAAAAUAAUCCUGACGAACUUUUAUCGAUUAAUGAAAUACUGAAAAAGUCUAACAGAAAAUCGAAACGAAGUAAUCUUAAUGGGAUUAAGUAUGAAAAGUUUAAUUUUAAUGAGAUUAGAAAAAAAUUAAAACAAAAUAACAACGGUGACAACGCUGGUACAAAUGUUGCCAAUGAUUUAUCAUCUAAAAAUGAAAUUUUCCAAAGUUCAGAUGUCAAUGUUUCAAAGACCAUUGAUAUUAUUUCUAACGCCGAUGAUAAAUGUUUCACCAUAGUUCCUAUUAAUGAAUGUCAAGUCGUAUCUCAAUGUAGCACACCAGUAGAAUCAAAUAUUCAUGUAACCGUUAGUAAUAUUCCAUCAACAGCUGCCAUAACACCUGAUAGAAAUUCAGUAUUAACGCCUAAUAUUAAUAUAGACUCCCUUUUAGAUUCAUAUAGUUAUUUAGUUAAUAAUAGUCAGGAUAUCUCACAAACUUUAAAUGACGAUUGGUUGGAGUCUUUAUUAAAUUAACUUAAAACUAUGCAAAGAUGGCUAUUUUUCAUAGCCUGCCAGUUUUACCGUAUCGGUAUCAGUUUGUACAGUGUUUAUUUUGAUUACGUAUAUAAUUAAUAUUUGAUAUUAAAAAUGUUUGGUGAACAUAUACGACGGAAUGAACGAGAAGA